AUGGCUGAAUCAAAAGUUCUACUGGAGACUGUUAUUAAACAUCUCUCGGACACACUUACUCAGCAGAGUACUAUGAUUACUCGAUUAGAGCAAACAAUGGGAUCUAUUUUAUCUGAAGUGGAUACUCGUAUUACUACGUAUCGUGCAGAGACUCAACAAGAAAUUAAAUCGCUGGAAACAACUAUUACAUCAAAAUAUACUAUGCUUACACAGGUAUUUGACAAUAUACAAUCUUUGAGUACAGGUCUUCACGAACUAAAAGCUCUGUUCACGAAUCACCAAACACUUCAAUCUCCAACACUCGGGCAUCCUUUGCUGAAUAACCCCAUAGCUAACCCUACUACACCAAUACAAGUUACCCCACCUAGUUUUAUCAACACUUCUACAGCUAUACCUUACGAACGUUCCUAUGGUCAGCAAUCUCCAUUCUCAACCGAACAAAACGAUACAACUGUCUCUGACUCUUUUUGGCCCGUCGGAAUCGAAUCAUGGUAUAUUCAUGAAAUCAAACCACAACGAGAAUGUUUUACACGUAAAACGCUUUCAGUGAAGUUAAUGAUAACUCAAUUUACUGACAGCGAGCCUCAACCAAAGCAUCCAGAAGACUACUGCGAACUUGAAACGCAUAUUUUAUCUGAUGAACUUGUGCAUCCAAUCGGCUAUUUUGACGACGAACAACCUCAAUCAACAGUGGCACCAGAAUCUAAUCUACUCAAAUCUGAUGAGUUAAUUCCUCAUGAUUCAGAUAAAUCACCACAAAGUUUGCCAAUUGUGCUUCUCAUCGACGAUCGACGUUUAGUUCUCUUAAAAGCUCCCAAGACAAGAAACAUAAAACGUGCACAAAAAGUACCAAACGAUUUAAAUCAGCAGAUUUCUGACGCACAACUCCACCAGUCACUAAAUUGUUCUAGCUUCUCAACAAGAAUGAUGUCGUAUAUUUAUUCUUCCAAUCGAUUAUUACGAACGUUCAGCAAAUGCAUUGACUUCCUAUCCUUAUCUUUGUUCUCUAUACUAAUUCGCAUCGGCAUCAUAUAUGACUUAACAUAUUAUUUUACUAAUGAUCAUGUUCAAUCUUCUACUCUCGACUCGACAUUAACUAGUAGCACGAUAUUCACCACUUGCGCUAACAGAGAUCUUAAUAAAGUAGUACCAUACGUGAAAACCAUGGAUAUACUUCGUAAUCUUGAAUCGCUUUUAAUUUACGCUCUGCCGUAG